AUGGCCAUCAGAGGCGGCUUCCUCCGUCUGGUGAUGAUCACCGCCUACGCGAUAGCCUUUUGCUGCGCAGCCAUCAUCACCGGUGCUUUCGCAUGGUUCCUCGUCGAACGAGACAACUCCUCCAACAUCGCCUCCCUAAUCCUCGGCGUUCUAACUCUCAUCUACUGCGCAAUCUGCAUCCUCGUAACCUGCUGCACAGCCGGGACGUUCCUCGCCUACAUCGGAGUUCUCCUCGACUUAGUCCACAUCGGACUCAUGAUGGCCGUGGCAAUCAUCAAUCGCUCGGCGACAGACUUGGACAGUUGCGAAGAUUUCGAUAAUGGAAGAGGAGGAGGAGGGGGAAGAGGAGGAAGAGGAGAUCGUCGAGAGGUGUAUUCGAGAUUGGGAAGAGAUGAUGUGGAUGUGCGAUGUGGAUUGUAUGUGGCGGCGUUUGCGGUGGCGAUUAUUGCGAUUUUUAUGUUUUUGAUUACCAUGGUGAUGCAGGUGUUGAUUCGACGGGGGAGGGGAAGGAAGGAGGUGGUGAAAGCCUAGAAGAAUCGAUGAACUCCAAGUGAAAGACAAUUCCAAUAAUCCAAUGUCGGUUUUUCCAGCAGGCGUUUUGAUAUGGAUAUGGAUAUGGAUAUUGAUGGGAUGUCGACGGAAAUUCCAGAAAGGCGGGGCCGAUGAUACCUAGGUAGCGUAGCGUGAAUUUAAACUCUUAGCCAAGCAUUCUCUACAACGCAACCAAUCACAUUGCACAGACGCCAGCUUGUGUCGGUGCCACCUCCAGCCUCGAGAGGCGUCGUCGUCUGGCUGUGCGAAGUUUCAUGUUUUAAUUUUAGUCUCAUAUAGACAUGUCUUCAAUACUUUAGUCCGCCACCCAUUGACCUCAAGGGAAAAGUUACAAGCGGGUCUGAUAGUAUGAAGUUUCAAGCAGUCACUGGUGUCGACCACCCCGCCACCCUUUCGAGUGGUGUUUGGGUUGACUACCAGCAAGACCUCUUUGCUCUGCGCCUGAUAAGUGACCUCACCACAGUAGAAGGGCCCUGUGAAGGUGUGUGGUGGG